UAUCCUCUAAACGUGAAAUAUUUAUUUUUUUUUGCUUACACCCCGAAUUCAUCCAAAUGUGAGUCAAAAAGUCUGAUGAAAUUUUACAAAACCGUUCGCCUUUAAAACGUUACAUCAAUCGAUUUCGCGCUCCAAAAAACGGUAAUAAAAAGGCACUCAAACCCACCACGUCCAUACAUAGUGGCCCGCAAUGGAAUGAAACGGAUUAACUUAAUCGCAUGUGGUUCUCAAAUUGUGUCAAAAUUCCCUGCUUUAUGUUAGCAAAUUGAAAUGUAGUUGCGAGCUUCCGAGGUGGUGCACAGAACUGCCUCGUGCGGCCCUGUUCAGUAACGUGCUCGGAUGAAGACCCAGAAAAUUCAUUUGGUCUACUGUCAACCUCCCAACGGUUCCACAGUUGAACACCGAGGAAUUAUAUUUACGCCUAUGUAAAAAAAAAACACUUGUGAAUCAUACGGCAAGUCAUGCUGCGUUACCUAUAUAUAGUAAUUUUGUCAUAUUUCCACAUUUUAUCAUUUAUAUAUCUAUAUCUAAUAUCUAUAUCAAUGCAAGGACUUUCGAAUUGUUCGAACACUUGAAACUCCCCCCUUCCCACCAUUUAAUUAUCGUUAACUGUUUUAAUAUGUCGUGUUGGUUACUCUCUUAACCAGUAACAUCGAACUCGUUAUCAAAAAUGGAACGUUGGGUAGGAAAAGUCGCCGUCGUGACCGGGGCCAGCUCUGGAAUAGGGGCUGCAAUCGCAGAAGCACUAGUCAAAGAGGGUCUAAUUGUGGCUGGGUUUGCUAGAAGAAAAGAAAAAGUAGAACAACUCGCGAAAAAGUUGAAGGACGCUAAGGGAAAGCUUCAUGCAGUCAAAGUUGAUAUAACGAAAGAGAAGAAAGUAGUCGACGCUUUUAAAUGCGUUAAGAAGAAUCUGGGACCAGUGCAUGUUCUUGUGAACAAUGCAGGGGUUGCAAGAGACACGUCGUUAAUUGACGGCGAUUCGCAGAAAUGGAAGGACAUACUUGAUACGAACCUGUUGGGAUUGUGUGUGGCCACAAGGGAAGCUAUUAAAGACAUGAAGGCAAACAAUGUGAAUGGUCAUAUUAUUCACAUUAAUAGCGUAGCCGGACAUAAAGUACCAUUUAUACCAUUCGUCAAUGUUUAUGCUGCGAGUAAACACGGCGUUACAGCUCUGAGUGAAACCCUCAGGCAUGAAUUUAUCCAAAAUCAAUUGAAAAUCAAAGUAACAGUAAGUUUCAAAGUUCUGUUAUGAUAUUAACCUCGGAUAUCUGUAAAUUUUGUCCAUAUGAUUUUUAUUACGUAAU